AGGGAGAGGAAAAACCGUCGGGACGCCUCUUAUUCUCACCGGAAUAACGGGAUCGAAGAAGUUUAUUCUGGACCAGCCUGGAGACCCAGCGGCCAGCGCCGUCGAACCGACAACCCCGCGAGGAAGGACCCGCGAGAGUCGGCGGCUCCGAAACACACCCCCACCCCCCCCCCGCCCGGGCCGGCCCGCCCCCCCCCUUCCCGAAACGAGAAAAGCCUCCCGUCUUUAUCGGCUCGCAGCGAAUGCUGGCUCUGGUUUUCCCCGUCAAGAGGAAGAACUCCGCCGUGACUUUAUCAUGGACGACCUGGGAGAGCCCGAGGCACCUAGUUACCCUCUCAGUCCUCGUGUUGUUGUGUUUGAUGCCCUCCUGGCUGACUUAGAGAACACCGGCUCUCCCCUGGCCAGGCAUCCUGUCCUGUUGACCUCUGACCCUCCACCAACCUCUGGCCCUGCUCCCCAGGACUCCGCCCAGACCAGGCCGCCCCCGCCAGCCUACACGCCUCAGCAGGUUUACCAGCCUUUGUCCAAUUUUCAGACGGUUUCGUCUGCGAUGAAGUCCAAUGGCUCCCACCCCUCCAACCCCGAGAAGUUGUACAGCACGGUGUGUAAGCCCCGCUCCCCUCGCACAGCCGAGCCCCCCGCCUUCUCCUCCUCCUCCCUCCUGGGCGGGGGUCUGAGCGAGCUGGACCACCUGUUACAAGAACUCAAUGCCACCCAGUUCAACAUCACAGAUGAGAUCCUGGCUCAGUUUCCGUCCAAAAAGGAAGAGAAGGAGAACGUGAAGGACAAGACUCCGCCCCCUUCUUCCAGUUCUGCGAAGCCCUCGGCCACCUCCGCCACGCUGGAGCUGGACAAGCUGAUGGCGUCUCUGUCGGACUUCAGGGUCCAGAGCACACCAGCUGCACCUGUCAGUCCAGUGGUCUCCACCCCACAGCAGCCAGCCCCGCCCCCACAAGCCUCAUCUGGUGGCUCACUGGACAGCAUGCUGGGCCUCCUCCAAUCAGACCUGAGCAGACAAGGAGUUCAGACCUCCUCCAAGGGGAACUGUUCGGCCUGUCAGAAGCCGGUAGUUGGACAGGUGGUGACGGCGUUGGGCAGGGUGUGGCACCCCGAGCAUUUUGUGUGCACGGAGUGUGAGAUCGAGCUCGGCAGCCGCAACUUCUUCGAGAAGGAUGGCAGACCGUUCUGCGAGUCCGACUAUUUCAGCCUCUUCUCUCCCCACUGUGCACAGUGCAACAAGCCCAUUUUAAAUAAAAUGGUCACGGCCCUGGACAAGAACUGGCACCCGGAAUGUUUCUGCUGCGUCAAGUGCAGCCGAGCGUUCGGGGAGGAAGGUUUUCAUGACCGUGAGGGCAAACAGUACUGCCAGCAGUGCUUUUUGACCCUCUUUGCCUCCCGUUGUGAAGGCUGCACUCAGCCAAUCCUGGAGAACUACAUCUCAGCCCUCAACUCCCUGUGGCAUCCACAGUGCUUCGUCUGCAGGGAAUGCUACUGUCCCUUUGUUAAUGGCAGCUUCUUCGAACACGAGGGACAGCCACUGUGUGAGGCCCACUACCACCAGUCCAGAGGCAGCGUGUGCCAGGCCUGCCAGCAGCCAAUCCUGGGCCGCUGUGUGACCGCCAUGGGCGCAAAGUUUCACCCGCACCACCUUGUGUGCCACUUCUGCCUCAAGCCUCUGAGCAAGGGAUGCUUCAAGGAGCAGGAGAACAAACCUUACUGUCACCCCUGCUUCAUCAAACUCUUUGGCUGAGGAGCCACAAGCAGCCCCCCCCCAACACCCACCCACCCACCCACACAUAGGCUACAUCAGCAUAUGAGAGGCUGUGCCUGUAGAGUUCAUCAUCACAUCGUAUGAAGUUGUCUGUCAGCAGGUGGAGCUGGUCUCUUGCAGGGUUUCGAAGUGGGGGGGGGGGUGAUGAGUUUCAUUCUGAGGUAGUGUAAUAAAGGGGACCAUGUUUUGACAAACGGUUAUUCCAAAUCUGCGCCACAGCGACCAAAUCCAACACACGAUACCAAAUGAGUUGUAAAAUUGCUUAAUGACAAUGUGUUAAUGUAUGUAAAUUCUUAAUGUACUUUAUGAAUUAAAAUUGAACCCUGACCAGAAUUCUUUUGCAAAAAGAUAAGGCAGAUUUGGUUUAAUUUAAAAUAACGUUUCAGCGAACGAGCUGUGCUGUGGUCCAAAAAAACCAACCAAAAAAAAAAAACCCCCAAAAAAAACCCCCAACCCUUUAAUAUAUUUGCUUUACAUUGCAUUUCUAUGUCUCCUACCAUUGUGCUGUGUGUAAUAAGGAAUCCACUAUGUAUUUGUUCAAGUGCCAAAGAUGCUUUUGCAAUAUUCUGCCACUUCUAUGCAAUUACUUCAAAAUAAAACCAAAGAA